AUGACUCUGAGUACCGUAGCUUUACCGUCAACGGUAAACUCUCCUAUAAUGAAUGUCCAAGUCCCAACAGUAAAUGAUUUGCGUGUCAAGCUCUGCUAUAUCUGCAGGGAAGAAGAACUCUAUGACGCAGUUGACGGAGAGAACCCCCCAAGAGCAUGGACACAUCCAUGUAAAUGCACCCUCAUAGCGCAUGAACAAUGCCUUUUGAAGUGGAUUCAAACUGCACAAGGGAGCUCAUCGCGUGCACCCAAUGCGCUCAAGUGUCCGCAGUGUGGGGCGGCUUACGAGUUAGAGAGCAAAGACCCUUGGAUACUGAAGUUUAUCGCUGGAGGGAAUAGGGUACUGCAGAAGCUGGGGAGCUUGUUCACUGUCUUUGGGGCAGCGACGGUUGUGUGUGCAGUGGGAACUAGCCUUUAUAUCAUAUGCACGACAUAUGGAGCUUGGGCCGUGCAAAAGUUUAUUGGCAAAGAGAUGUUCGACACGUUACUUACUGACGACCCAUCGAACUGGCCUUGGACAGCAUUUAUCAACCUUCCCCUCCUCCCAAUAAGCCUCAUCCUCUCCCGCUUUCAAUCAACGAAUGAACUAUCGCCCAUCAUCCCCAUCCUCCUCGUAUGGCCACCCACGUACCCAGUAGGUGAACGCAGCCGCCGUCUACAAGACUAUUGGAAAAAGCCCGAGAACUCCACACGCCUAGGAUCGCUCUUCUCCAACACACCUUCCCCAACAAGGAGCUGGCCUCCUUCCCCCGUGCUCUUCAGCUUGUUUGGGCUCCCCAUUAUACGAAUGAUUUAUAGGAGCUGUUAUGCCCACUUAUACUACAAACUUAUGGGCACGCGGCUGGCUGUCGCGACAAGAGAUCGGAAUCGUAGAGGGUUGAGGUUUGAAGAAGGCCCGUUCGUCAUUCGGAUUAGGGCUAAUGUCCAAGAAGAGGGUCAGCAACAAGAUCAACAACAGCAGCAGCAGCCUCAACAAGCCCAGGUAGAUCCUCAACAACAACAACAACAACUGCAGAUGGUCGACCAAGCAGCUGAGGAAAUAGCAGCAGCCAACCAAGACCAGGACCCAGACGCAGCAGCCGUAGCCGUAGCCGCAGCGGAACAGCUCAUCGAGAUCAACGCCUCCUCCCUUGGUCGCCGCGUCGGCGGGGCACUCAUGAUUCCUGCCAUCUCGAGCGCGAUGGGUUCACUCUUAUUUAGAUUGUCAAAACACUCGUCCUUGCUGCGUCAGUUUUUGGGUGUUCGACUGGGCAUGGGAUCAAAGAAGUUUCCUUUGCCCCCGCCUGUUGUGAUGGAGCUUUUUGGGCUUGAGGGUGAGUGGGAGGGAGCGGGGCUGGUUAAGCAGUUUGUGAUGGGGUGUAAAUUGGGGAUGGCGGCGCUGUGGGGUGGGACGAGGACUUGGGCGGAGAGUGAUCCUAUCUGGUGGCGGAAUACGGUUGGUCUGGGGUUGUUCAUUGCUGCGAAGGACUGUAUUCACCUGGCUCAUCUCUGGCUUGCGAAACGGGAGCUAGAAUCGAGAAAGGUGAAAAACAGGGAUUUCCAGGGCGUCGACAUUAGGGAGCUUGAUCUCAUUCCGGGAUUUCCUCAGCCAUAA